UGUUUACUAAUUUGUUGAUGGGUUGUAACUGACAUGUUGUAGUAAUAAUCAGUAACGCCAAUAUAACCUUCGUAGAUUAACUGUUUCAAUAUGAAAAAUUACAAAAUUGAAGGCACAAUAGGACAAGGGGCUCAUGGUCUUGUUUUACGAGGUCGUCAUGUGGACACUGGAGAGAUUGUAGCUGUAAAAAAGGUGUUAUUAAAACGAAUAGAAGAUGGGAUACCUGUUACUAUAUUUCGAGAAAUUAAAGCCUUACAAGAAGUCGACUGUGAGAAUGUUGUCCAUUUAUUGGAUGUGUUCCCACAGGGUCUGGGUUUCAUGUUGGUCUUUGAGUUUAUGCCAUCUGGACUGCAGGAAAUGAUGCGUGACCUUGAUAACUGCCUGACAGAGAGACAGAUUAAAAUGUAUAUGAUCAUGUUACUUAAAGGGGUAGCAUACUUGCAUAAGCAUCGUAUCAUGCACAGGGAUCUGAAACCUGCAAAUUUACUCAUCAGCCGUGAGGGUGUUUUAAAGAUUGCUGAUUUGGGACUCGCUCGCCUUUUUGGCAAUGAAGCAAUACAGCGACCAUACUCACACCAGGUGGCAACCCGUUGGUACCGAGCACCAGAGCUGUUGUAUGGAGCACGUUAUUACACUGAAAGUGUUGACCUGUGGUCUGUUGGCUGUAUCCUUGGUGAACUUCUCAACAAUUCACCUGUCUUCCGUGGAGAGACAGACAUAGAACAGCUUGCCAUUGUCAUCCACACACUGGGGACACCAAAUGAAGAAGUGUGGCCUGGGGUUUCAACAUUGCCUGAUUACAAUAAGGUUUCAUUUAAAGAAUGUCGAGGUAUACCUUUGGAACAAGUUUUCCUUGAAGUUUCUCCAGAGGGUGUUGACUUGCUUAAAAAAUUAUUGCUGUAUGAUGCUUCUAAAAGAAUUUCAGCUGAAAAGGCUCUAGUACAUCAGUAUUUUUUCACAAGACCUUUGCCAAGUCCAAUGAGUGAAAUGCCAAAACCAACAGAUGAACAUAGGCAGAAGAUUUCCAGCAAGGAGUACGAUGUUGACAGAGAUGUGAGAACUUUUUUUGAUGAUCUCAGAGAUAUACUCCAACAAAAAUAAGGUCCAACUCCAAGCUUUAUGACUCAGUUUGGCCUUGAUCCCCUCCUGGAAAGGGUAUAUUCAUGCAGAAAUAUCUUCCAAUGUUCAUUAAGAGAAUAGCAUUUGCUAAUAAAUUUAGAGAAGUAGAUAAAAUUCAUUAUUUUACACAGAAAAAAGUUCCAGAAAAUUUUCAGUGAUAGUUGCUUUCAGAGAAAAUCAUGGAGCUAAUUGUGGAAACUGGUUAAGUGUAUGUAUACAGAACUUUGAGGUACCAUACAGUGUGGUAACUACAGUGUGUUGUGUUUAUUUGGUAUGCACAGUGUACAAGAAUUCAGUUACAAGAAAGGUGCAAAUAUAAAUAUUGGCUAAUAUGUAAAAACUGUUAUUUACAUAAUUUUGUUAUGAUCUAAAGAAAUAUAUUUAAGACUGCAAAAUAAGCACAAAACAAAAAACAUAGAUUAUUUAGUAUAGUUGUUAACAUCACUUUCAACAGAAAGUUGGAAUCUUGCAUGCACACUGUACUGUAAAUGUUAAAUGUGUAAUUUUAAUUCUGCAAGCAAUAAAAUGAGCAAGUACUCUGUCUGUCAGUAUAAUCUAUGCAGGUCUAUAACCAGUUUUUUUAUGGUGAUACAAUUAUUGGCAAAUUCCUUUUGAUCGAGAAACUUGUAUCUCACAACCAACAUGCAUAUAUGACAUAUUAUGCUGAAUUCAGAUGCAGCAGUUAUAAC